AUGGCCGAAGCUUGUUCCAGAAGAACAUUGUACAUAAGAAACUUGAACAGGCGGCUUCCCAUAAGGGAGGUGAAGAGAAGGCUGGGCUUGUUUGUUUCGAGACUUUCCCGGGUGUCAAAGAUAAAGAUGAGCAACAAGCCUGGGCUCUUAGGACAGGCAUUUGUUCAUCUGGAUGGAGAAAUAACCAAUGAGAUUCUGGAUAGUCUAAAUGGAAGAUUUUUCCUUGGCGAUGUGAUUCUGGCAUGUCCUGCGCGUGAGGAUAUGUGCAUUGGGAAGAGGAGAACCAUUGUAUCCACAAGGUCCUUGCUAGUCACUGGAAUUCCCUCCGGCAUGACCAGAGAAGAGCUUGUAGACAUCUUCAAAGGCUUUGAAGGCCUAGAAGCCGUGAGACUCAUCAAGGUAAAGAGUCUUGCCUUUGUAGACUUCUCCUCUCCUCAAGAAGCAUCUACUGCUUACUCAUACUUUGAGGACGGACAAGUGAAACAUAUCCUCGGGGACAUGAAGAUAAUGCCAUCUGCAUGA